CACCUGUCGUAUUGCCACCGCCCGCUGUAGUGGACGUCGAGGAGAGCUCGUUAUUUUAUUCCCGCUCGUCCCAGCAAACCAAGCCUGUUGAGAAAUCGAUGUAUUUCUAUGCAGACGUCGACCUGCUUGAAGAAGACGACAACCUUUUUCAGAAUGACGACGACGCGCCAGCCAGUGACUUCUUGCCCGAUCAUGUUGAAGAAACGGGCGGCCUGACCCGA